CCCCAAAGGCUCUCCUAUAAGGGCCUGGGCUAGAGCCGGGCCUUCAGAGCCUUCCGCCGGCGAUCCCACCUCCUUGGCUUCCCUGGAAGGACCGAACAGAGAUGAAGCUCCUUCCGGUUCUGUUGCUUCUCCUGCUGGGGACGGCCUCCGCUCUCAGACCGAGCCACAGGGCCCCGGACCUUGAAGUUCCCGCCGGAGAGGAUGCCGGCGCCUCCGGGGACGACGGCUCCUGCGGGGAAGAGGGGGACGGGGAGACGGCCCCCGAGCCCGCGGCCGCCGACGACAUCCAGUGCCCCAAGGAAGAGGAAGUCAUCCGCGUGACGGGGAGCCCGGGGUGCAAGACCUGCCGCUUCGUGCUGGUCAGGAGAUCGCUACCCUUUAACCGGGCUCAGAACGUCUGCAAGCGCUGCUACCAGGGGUCUCUGGCGUCCAUCCACAACUACAGGUCCAACCUUCAGAUUCAGAGCUCGCUCGGAUGCCUCAACCAGGGCCAGGUCUGGAUCGGAGGCCAAAAGGUCGGCCAGGGAAGCUGCCAGAGGUUUCGUUGGCUUGACGGGACCUCCUGGAAUUACUCUUACUGGGCAUUCGGCCAACCUCAAACGUGCGGGGGUCGCUGUGUGACGCUGUGCACAAGAGGCGGACACUGGCGUCAGGCCCGCUGUUCUCGGUGUCUCCCCUCCAUCUGCUCCUACUGAUCCAGCCCCACCUGGGAUUUGCAGCCCCUCCCGGUUGCUCCUCCCCGGUCCUGAGGAGUCAGCCUGUCCCCUUGGUGCCCUUCUCCCUCCUCGACCGUCCCUCCCCCACGACCUUCUCUGGAAUAAACUCAGGCUUCUGGCAGCGUU